AUGGCCUCCAAAUGUUCCAUUACCAUUGGUACUAAAUCCACAAAGAAACAGGAAGUAAAUCGGAGCCCAACGUCGCGAGAGGAAGGAAAAGUAGUGUCCUUCAAGUCGAAGGUAGAAAUCAGCAGGCUGGGAGGUCGGUUGAGCGAGGUGGUGGGUCCCGUCGUGGAGGAGGCCAUCGAGCCAGAGGAUGCGACCUCGCUGACGGGACCCUCGAGGGAGUCCUCGAUUCCUCGAGCACCCCCGCCGCAGCGUGUUACACCGAGUCCGCCGAGACCACCGCCCGUUACGUCCCAACAUCACCAGAAUCCGGGUCACCCGACCCACAAUCCGGGACACCAGUCCCAAAAUCCCGGGCAUUACAACCCGGGUCAUUCGCCCCACAAUCCGGAUAAUCCCGGCCACAAUCCUGGUCACAACCCCGGUAAUCAAACACAUAAUCCGGGCAAUCCCGGCCACAAUACGGGCAAUCCCGGUCACAAUCCGGGCAAUCCCAAUCACAACCCGGGCAAUCCCGGCCACAAUCCGGGCAAUCCGGGACACAACCCGGGCAAUCCAGGACACAAUUCAGGUAACCCGGGACACAACCCGGGUAAUCCGGGAAACAACCCGGGCAAUCCGGGAAACAAUCCAGGCAAUCCGGGCCACAAUCCCGGUAACCCGGGCCAUCCGAGUCCCGCUCAACAAGUCCAGGACGAGAGGCUCAACACCCACAUCCGAACGUGA